CGCUCACGCAAACACGCUCGCGAGACGCCCACUUGCGCACGGUACCGCCGACUCACAGCACGCGACUAUUAGCCAGUAACAAGUAAAGUGACACGGACACCCGCGCCCUUUCUCUCACGCGCUAACCGUGCUUCAAGACGUGAAUGCUAAACCGGAGUGCUCUCAUCACGUUGAAGACCCGCAGCUAUACCAGCGAGAUCUCAAUCACAAAGGGGCAAAAGGAGAACACGGUAUGACUGCAACGCACGGCGGCGGCGGUGAAGACCACCGACCGGAUAAGGACUCAGUAUACACUAUUAAAACUGGCUUCAAGAACGACGGCUAUCAGCACGAGAAGGAUUCGAACGAUGACAUCGUCAAACCACCGCCUCUGCCCACUGAGGACGAUUCAUACGCUUCGGGGAAGGUGAAACUAUCGCGAAACGAGAAAUGGAGGAUAUUGAAAAAUGUAGCAGCUGUCAGUGCGGCGUUUAUGGUCCAGUUCACUGCUUUCCAAGGAACUGCGAACCUUCAAUCUUCGAUCAACGCCGCAGACGGCCUGGGCACGGUAUCACUUAGUUCCAUUUAUGCAGCGCUAGUAGUUUCAUGUAUAUUUGUGCCCACGUUCCUUAUAAAGAGGCUAACAGUCAAGUGGACCUUGUGUCUAUCUAUGAUGUGCUACGCGCCCUACAUUGCCGCCCAGUUCUACCCCAAGUUCUACACCCUCGUGCCAGCUGGCGUGAUUGUGGGGCUCGGGGCAGCUCCUAUGUGGACUUCUAAAGCAACGUACUUAACCCAAGCGGGUAGUGUCUACGCUAAGCUGACUGAUCAAGCCGUAGAUGGCAUUAUUGUACGAUUCUUCGGAUUCUUCUUCCUUGCUUGGCAGACUGCCGAAUUAUGGGGAAACCUCAUCUCUAGCUUAGUUUUCUCGUCGGGAGUACACAGCGCGAACACGUCGAAGGAGAACAGCAGCAGCGCAGUGCUGGCUUGCGGCGCCAACUUCUGCGUGAUCGGCGGCGGUCACCAUGACAACCAGAAUCUCCACCGGCCACCAGACAGCGAAAUUUAUGAGAUCAGUGCCAUUUACCUCGCUUGCGUCGUCGUCGCCGUUUUGAUGGUCGCCCUUCUAGUUGAUCCUCUUUCAAGGUAUGGUGAGAAACAAAGAACAUCGGAGUCGAACAAGUUGACGGGCAUCCAACUCCUCUCAGCCACGGCUUAUCAACUGAAGAAACCGAAUCAACAACUGCUCAUCCCGAUCACCCUGUGGAUUGGAAUGGAGCAAGCGUUCAUUGGCGCUGACUACACACAAGCCUAUGUUUCGUGCGCUCUCGGCAUCCGUUCGAUAGGCUAUGUGAUGAUCUGCUUCGGUGUAGUGAACGCGCUAUGCUCGUUACUCUUCGGUUCGGCCAUGAAGUAUAUCGGGCGAUUCCCAAUAUUAGUGAUGGGGGCUGCUCUGCAUCUCGGCCUUAUUGUCUGGCUCCUCAUCUGGAGACCGAAUCCGGAAUCGCCUACGACGUUCUUCGUGAUAUCCGGCCUGUGGGGAGUUGGUGACGCGGUUUGGCAGACUCAAGUCAACGGAUUGUACGGCGUGCUGUUUAGGCGCAACAAAGAGGCCGCAUUCUCCAACUACAGACUAUGGGAGAGCGCCGGGUUCGUUGUAGCCUACGCAUAUUCCACCCACCUUUGUGCCAGAAUGAAGCUUUACGUGCUGAUGGUAGCGCUGCUUGUCGGAGUUGCUGGAUACAUCAUCGUCGAAAUAUUGCACAAGAGAAAGGCACUGCGACUAAAGGCGAUUGCCGAAAACCCUAUUGAAGCGGCCGAAGCCGCCAAGCAACCGCCAGAGGACGACGACGAGAAAGACGACAUUGACGAUGACCUUAUUAUCACCCAUCUGUAAGCAUCACACCGAAUACCAUCCAGCGCCCCAAAGCGCUUGAAAAUUUGCCAUACCCAAUUUUUUAGGUACAAAACGAGGUGUUAACCCGAAUAUAAUCUAUUUAUAUGUAUCCAAUAGUAAUUAGGCUUCAUAUUAAGGAGCAUGUAGUGUAAUUAUUAUAAAUCAGUAGCGUUUUUUCCUAUGUAUGUUAUACAGGACGAUAUUUCCUGGAGUUAAUCUAUCAGAUCGAGUCCCAUUAAGGGCUUAGCAAUUACAUCUUUAUUUUCUAAAUGCUCUUUAAUCAUAGAAUUAAGAAGGUACAGAAACCGUGUACACAACUAAUUUUGCAGCAUUAAAAACCACUCCACUUUAGUAGUGUUUUCGAACUCAUACAAUAAUGGCUGUAUGAGGAUUCUGUACGAUCUUAAUUCUGUGUGUUUAAUCUCUGCUUUAAUAAUUAUUUGCUUUAAUUUAAAUUCAUCCGAAUAUUUACAACCUCUUCAUCCUAUGUACCUAAAUAAAUGGUCUUCAUA